CGCCACCAUAGCGACGGUCGAGACGGAAGCGUACCCCUCUCUUCCGGUCACGUGAGACGCUCCCGGCGGCCUUCGCGGCGCGGGCCCUCGCGCUGCCCUUGGUGCCGCCAUGGCCGCCCGCCUGUUGCCCGUGCUCAGGUUUGUCAUCAAAGGAAGCCUGGCCGGAGCUGCUGUGUACGUGGCCUACGAUCAGGGGCUGCUGGGCAGCGGUGCAGAAGGUGCUGAAGCCCUAAAAAAGGCUCAGGCAGCUCUGCCUCCUGCAGUCAGAGAGUGGACGAGUUACAUGGGCUGGGAGCUCCCGCCCGCUCCAAGUUUGGACUUUUCCCCCUCUGAUUCCUGGAAUAAAGGGGUGCACACGGUGAUGUCUGCCCUGUCUGUGGCUCCCAGCAGGGCCUGCGAGUACACGGCGGAGGGCUGGAAGUACGUGAAGGACCUGGUGAAGUGAGCCCCGUCCUCUGGGCGCAGCUCUGCGCUUCUGUCCGUCCUGUGCUGGUCCUGCUGGAGGGCAGCUCAGCCAAGCGAGGGCUACAAUAAAGGACUUUGGAAGCUCC